CUCUGAACCAAAUCUUGUAAGGGUUGUAAUCGUGUAUUUGGUAUGAAGGCUCUAUCUAGAGGGCGGCGGCACAACGUUGUAGGUAGGUCGUGGAGUGGCGUGAGGGUGUGUGUUUGUGUGUGCGGUGCUACGUGGUACAUUAUGCCUGUUGUCUGUCAGCUACACACGAGUGUGCCUUUCCCCGCGUGUUUUCUGUGUGUGUAUCAUUAAAUAGAUGCGUGCAGCUGCGAUCUGUGAUGUUCCGGAGGAGUGGACUG